AUGGGUGAAAGACAACCUAAAGAAAAGACUCUAUAUAUCUACGACGGUCAAAUAUACGACGACCCCCCAAAACCCGCAACAAGCCAAAUCCUUGAGUUGGAGCAAAUAUCAGAUCUCAAAGAGCACGAAAACAAUACAGUACAGCUUUAUAUACCAGAAGAAAAAAUCACCGACUGUGUCCUAAACCGAGUUUUCUCAACAAGCAAACUUGGAGGUAAAGUCAACGCCAAUUAUAUCAACGAAAAUGUGAAUGAUGUUGAAUUUAAUCUAAAACUGGCGGGUUUUGUUGGUGUGGAAGUGGACAAAACAGAAAAAUUGAUCAGAAGAGCGUCUGGUUUUAAACCAGCAAACUUGGACUUGAUUGAAAUUUGCGCUGGACUACAGAAACGCAAACAUGGAGACUGGAUAAAAUUUAACGUGACUGAUAAGGAAGAGCCUGAUCAGAUACUUGAUCCGGAUGAGUUGCUUGAUGAGGAAGAUUUUAAGCAGCCUGAAUCAGCGGCACUGCAGUGUGGCACCUCUGAAAAGCGUAAAGCUGAAGAGGUGACAAUGGAAGAGCAGAAAUUACCCCCCUUGAAUGUGUUAACAUGUGGCAACUGUAAUAAGGAGGAUGAAUUUCGGUGCGCUAGUUGUCCUUACAGGGGGUUGUCAGCUUUUAAGGUUGGCGAAAGAAUUCAGUUGAUUGGUAAUCUACGAGAGCAAGAUAAUUAGAUAAGUUGGGUACUGGUUUACUUUGUUUAUUUUGUUUAUUAAAUUUGUAUUGUAUUCA